GCGUUUAGGCACUGCUUCAGAAAGUUCACAAAAGUUUCGUGAGUUUUGCUGUUGUGAUUUUGUGUUUUUUUGUGCGUUAGCGUGCGUGAAUUUCCCCCAAAAACGCAGAACCAACGUUCCUUUAACAGCCCGUUCGAAAAUCCUUGCGAAUCCUUGUGAAGCUCCUUCCUCAGGCGGUCUUGCGCUGUGUUGUUUUUGCUUGGCUGGUUCGAGGUGGAGCAAAACUGCAUAAAGGACAAUAAAGAGCGACAUUAAUUCGUGGGGUGCCGGGGGUGGUGGUAACAUAUUUUCCUUAAACGCACAAAAGAAAUUUAAGCAAAACAGCGUAAAAACCAGUCACGAGCGAAAUUAUCGGUAUAGGCAAAGAAUUAAACAAGGAAUUCCGCAAAUUGAUAAGACUGAAAGUGAUUCAUGUGCGUUCCACGAAAGUCUCGGUGCUGGCAACAGACGAGUGAGGGAAGAUAAAGCAGAAGGACGAUUAUCCUAGCAAAUGCGCUUGUUCCCACCUUCCUCCGGUGACCUACCGACAGAGUUAGGUAGCAGGAAGAAAGGACGCAAAUCACAUCUCUAAAGAUUCUGUUUGCGGCCCCUUCGAAUAGUAAAAUGAAAACGUAGCAUAUUAAAGUGGAGCCGAGAGAUUCUAGAAUAGGAACUAGCGAAGUGUACGUUUUUAGCACGAUUAAAAGGCUCGUGACGUGCCGCAGACACUUUAAACAACCAAAGGGAGCAUAUUCUUUCGUCCUACGUCUACAAGCAUCUGGAUGGUCUCGGAUUUCGAUAAUUAGACUAGCGUAUCCAACAUGAAUGGUCUAAGUUUUGGUGAAUUGUGCUGCCUCUUCUGCUGCCCACCGUUUCCGGGUCGUAUAGCUGCCAAACUUGCCUUCCUGCCACCGGAACCGACCUACAACCUCACCCCCAUCGAUGAAUCAAAGGCAAAGUAUCAGCUCACCUUCAAUGAGCGCGCCGAAUGGCCGUAUUCGGAACGUGAAAAAGAAAAUGUUGAAGGAUUCUUUACCCGUACCUCCCGUGGCAACAAACUGUCCUGUAUCUACGUGAAAUGUACACCAACGGCUAAAUACACGCUGCUGUUCUCACACGGUAAUGCCGUCGAUCUUGGGCAGAUGAGCAGCUUCUAUCUAGGGCUCGGAUUGCGGAUGAACUGUAACAUCUUCAGCUACGACUACUCGGGGUACGGAAUGAGUGGAGGAAAACCUUCGGAGAAAAAUCUUUACGCAGACAUCGAUGCGGCAUGGCACUCGCUCCGAACCCGGUUUGGUGUCAGUCCGGAGAACAUCAUACUCUACGGUCAAAGCAUCGGUACCGUACCGACGGUUGAUCUGGCUGCACGCUACGAGGUAGGAGCUGUGAUUUUGCACUCACCCCUCAUGUCGGGAAUGCGAGUGGCCUUCCCCAACACAAAGCGGACCUGGUUUUUCGACGUUUUUCCGAGUAUCGACAAAGUUUCGAAGAUAUCGUCACCGGUGUUGGUGAUACAUGGGACCGAAGAUGAAGUAAUAGAUUUCUCCCAUGGGUUAAGCAUUUACGAAAAGUGUCCCAAGGCAGUGGAGCCUUUGUGGGUAGAGGGAGCUGGUCACAAUGAUGUGGAACUGUACAAUCAGUAUCUGGAUCGAUUGAAGAAAUUCAUCGCGAUCGAACUGAGCAACUGACAAUUAAAGAGUGCCUCCUCUGGUCAGCCGCCUUCAUCUUCCUCCGCUAGCCAAGUG